AUGAAAUUAUGGUGCCUGUUUGUCGUUUUUUUCCUUAUUAUUACAAUUUCCUCGUCAUAUAUUUAUUUGAAUGAUUAUAAUGAUGAUAAUAUCAAUUAUCCAAAUGUAAAAAAUUUUCCAUCAAUUUUACAAUCAUCAUCAUCAUCAUCAUCUCAUAUUAUGAAACAAAAUCGAUCUAGACGAUCAACAAUUGUCAAACGUUCACAACGUAAUGCAAAUAUUCUUUAUCGAUAUUGUCGUCGAAAUGGUCAAGCACCAAAUUUUUGUUUAAAAUAUGCUGUAAGAAUGAUAUUUGCUACAGGUCAUUGA